GUAGGCAUUGGGACAGGUGAGGCAUUCACCGGAACUUAUGGCAUAAAUUACGGUAGAAUAGCUGAUAAUAUUCCUCCACCUGAAAUAGUGGUCUCUCUUCUUAAAGCAGUAAAGAUCAAGAAUGUUAAGAUCUACGAUUCCGAUCAUGGCGUGCUUAGGGCAUUUAAGGGAUCCGGGCUUGAGUUAGUUGUGGGACUCAGCAAUGACUAUGUCAAAGAAGUAAAUUCCAGUGAAGACCGAGCCAUGGAAUGGGUUAAGGAAAAUGUUCACUCAUGGUUACCUGAUACACAUAUCAGAGGAAUAGCAGUUGGUAAUGAAGUUCUCGGAGGGGCAGACCAGGACCUCGAAGCAGCAUUGUUUGGUGCAAUAAAGAACGUUUAUAAGGCUUUAUCGCGGCUUAAACUGACUGAUCUUAUUAAAAUCUCGUCACCGCACUCACAGGCUGUUUUCGCUAACUCAUAUCCUCCAUCAAAUUGCACAUUUAAAAGCAGUAUUUUUCAGUAUAUGAAGCCCAUCUUGGACUUCUUUUCAGAGAUUGAUUCUCCUUUUUCGCUCAAUAUAUAUCCAUUUAUAGCAUACAAAGGUGAUCCUCAGCAUAUUGACCUAAAUUAUGCUUUAUUACAGCCAAAUCAUGGAAUAGAUGACCCUAUCUCUAAUCUGCAUUAUGACAACAUGUUUGAUGCUGAGAUAGAUGCAGCUUAUGCUGCUUUGGAAGCUGCAGGGUAUGGUAAAAUGGAGGUUGAGAUUACUGAGACAGGAUGGGCUUCUGGUGGUGAUGAAGAUGAAACUGGAGCUUCGCCUCAAAACGCUCAGACAUACAAUUAUAAUCUACGCAAAAGGCUUUUCAAGAGAAAAGGAACACCGCGAAGACCCAAAAUUGUUAUAAAAGCAUAUAUAUUUGCCUUGUUUAAUGAGGAUUCGAAGCCAGGGCCAGGUUCUGAGAGGCAUUAUGGACUAUUUAAGGCUGAUGGGAGUAUUUCGUAUGAUAUUGGGCUUUCUGGUGUUUCUUCGUGGCAUGCAUCGUCCUCAUUUUAUGCUCUAAAG